AUGCAUCCUGUACAUGGUUACAGUGGGUGUUUGCGUUUCGUCUCUGCUGACGUGAGUGAUCAAGUCGUUCACUUCACAUCCUCACCCACCCCCCGAGCCAGGGGGGCGGCUGUGAAUGGCCACAUCUCCUGCCGCGUCCAGAAUGGACCGCAUAUUGGGGCGGCGAGUGUCUCCGAGACCCCUUCCAUAACUUCGUUCUUGCCCUCGCUCAAAUUUGCAGGACGGAGGUCAAAGCCAAGCGGCGGGCAUCUCUUCUUCAAUGUCUCCACUUUCUGGCUAGAUCGCAGGUUUCACGGUGACUUUGUGCUCAUCUCAGCACAGCAGGCGAGAACCGGACCCGUAAGGCUACUUGCCUCGGAGAUUGGCAUCGUUUUCGACCUCCAAAGGGGGGGAUUCGCCACUACCUUGCAGUACGGCGCCUUUUUUCCGCGUCAUCUCUCAUUUGAGGACGCUUCCAGAACGGUGAGGCCAAACGUCCGACAUUCUUCAGAAAGUGAACGGGACUCGGAUGCUUCUCUUAGUGACAGCCUGUUUUGGCGUCGAACGGCUGGCCGACAUUUUGUCUCGUUUUACAUGUUCUAUAUUUCUCUGAGCCAUCCAUUUCGGCAUCAAAAUCCAGCUGCAGAACUCAACAGGGACUCUGCACAAACGCCUAUUCUACUCAGGAUCAUUAGGAUUGUUGGCCUUUCCAAAGUUUCAUUGAUUGCUAUGGCAACUGGUUAG